CAAGUUUUGGAUGGAGAGGGCUGAAAAGCGGCGGCCAAAGAUGUGAAGCGGCAAGCUUUGGAAGACAAAAAAAAAAUAUAUAUAUAUAUAUAUAUAUAUAUAUAUCGAUGUUGUACAAUAUGAGGGCGAAUUUAAGUGUUCCGUGGGACGCUCUUAAUUUGACGAUCGCACUGGCUCACCGGGCUGAAGUCCUGCAAAAUCCACUUCAGACAUAUCUCCUCGGAAUCAUCAUCUCGAUAUGUGGGAACGUCCUCAUCAGCGUUUCCCUCAACAUACAAAAAUACGCCCACGUCCGUCUGUCCCAGCAAGGCUCCAAGCCUUACUACACCUCUGUGCUGUGGUGGUGCGGUCUGGUUCUCAUGGGAGUUGGGGAACUGGGGAAUUUUGCGGCCUACGGCUUUGCCCCGGCAUCCCUCAUAGCCCCACUGGGCUGUGUGUCUGUCAUAGCAAGCGCUCUCAUUUCUGUGAUUUUCCUCAAGGAGACCCUGUGCGUCUCCGACAUUGUCGGUGGCACCCUGGCGAUAACAGGCACCUACGUCUUGGUGACAUUCGCUCCCCACACGUCCACUCACAUUACAGCCCAUCUGGUCCAGCACUAUGUCAUCAGCUGGCACUUCCUGCUGUACCUUAUGAUAGAGGUCAUCGUUUUUUGCAUCCUGCUCUUUCUAUACAAGAAGAAGAACAUGAAGCACAUUGUUAUUGUGAUGCUGCUGGUGGCACUGCUUGCCUCUGUUACGGUCAUCUCAGUAAAGGCUGUGUCAGGAAUGAUUACGGAGUCGAUAAAAGGUCAUCUGCAGCUCAUCUACCCCAUUUUCUACGUCAUGCUCGUCGUCCUGGUGGCCUCUUGCGCCUUCCAGAUCAAGUUUCUCAAUCAGGCAAUGAAAAUGUUUGAUGCCACGGAGGUGGUUCCAAUCAACUUUGUGUUUUUCACCGCAAGCGCCAUUGUUGCAGGGAUAAUCUUUUACCAGGAAUUUGAAGGGUUGGCAUUACUGAAUAUUUUCAUGUUUCUUUUCGGAUGCUUGCUAUCCUUCCUGGGAGUUUUCCUGAUAGCCAGAAACAGGCCAAAAGUAAAACAAGAUUGCAACUUUAUAGCAAUGGAUAUUGUCCCUGGAAAGCGACGCACAGACAGAGUGCAGCCUGAGACCAAAACUCAAACAUAUGGAUCAUUGGCAGCCAAGCUCAUGUGCAACAGAGGUGACCAAACAGAAGAGUCUUAGGACCCGUCCCAUCUGUUGAGACUGAGGAAGUGUGUGAACACAUGCCUCCUAAAACGUGAAUGGGCAGCAUUUUAAAAAAAAAAAAAAAAAAAAAAAGGCUCAUCAAUG